UUAGAAAACGGGUUUCCGGAAGUGGGCGGUCCUUUCUGCGCAGACUCCAACAUGGCUCGAGGACCGAAGAAGCACCUCAAGCGCGUGGCAGCGCCGAAACACUGGAUGCUGGAUAAGCUGACAGGAGUGUUCGCCCCCCGUCCCUCCACUGGCCCCCAUAAGCUGAGGGAGUGCCUGCCCCUCAUCAUUUUCCUGAGGAACCGCCUGAAGUACGCCCUGACGGGGGAUGAGGUGAAGAAGAUCUGCAUGCAGAGGUUCAUCAAGAUUGAUGGCAAAGUUCGCACAGAUGUCACCUACCCUGCUGGGUUCAUGGAUGUCAUCAGCAUUGAGAAGACCGGGGAGCACUUCCGCCUGAUCUAUGACGUGAAGGGCCGCUUUACCGUCCACCGCAUCACUGGUGAGGAGGCUAAGUACAAGCUGUGCAAGGUCAGGAAGAUCAUCAUCGGCACCAAGGGAAUCCCCCACCUGGUGACCCACGAUGCCCGCACCAUCCGCUACCCCGACCCCCUCAUUAAGGUCAACGACACGGUCCGCAUUGACCUGGAAACCGGCAAGAUCACAGACUUUAUCAAGUUUGACACCGGUAACCUGUGCAUGGUGACUGGUGGCGCCAACUUGGGGCGUAUCGGUGUGAUCACAAACAGGGAGCGUCACCCCGGCUCUUUUGAUGUGGUCCACGUCAAGGACAGCACCGGAAACAGCUUCGCCACCAGGCUCUCCAACAUCUUUGUUAUUGGCAAGGGCAACAAGCCGUGGGUGUCCCUGCCCAGAGGAAAGGGCAUCCGUCUGACCAUUGCAGAAGAGAGGGACAAGAGGCUGGCGGCCAAACAGGGCAGCAGCUAAAGUGUGGGCGGAGCCUGAGCAGUUCUUUCCAAAUAAACAUAUUUACUAAACA